CACGCACAUGCUGGCUGACGUAACCGUGACAAUGUGCUAAUCACAAUAGAAAGAGAUACCCAGGAGGGCACUCAAUGCAGGCAGUUGGCAACAUUGGUACGAGAUUGUGGUCUACGUUAGCUUCUGAAUAGUCCCUGAUUGUAUCUCACCCUGUGGCCAUGACUCUGGUAACACACGUGCUGGCCUGCCUAUUUGGCAUUGGCUCCUGGGUGGCCAUCAAUGGUAUGUGGGUGGAACUUCCUCUGAUAGUGCCUGAGAUCCCUGAAGGCUGGUACCUACCUUCCUACCUCACUGUCAUCAUCCAGUUGGCCAAUGUGGGCCCACUGUUCAUCACACUCAUGCAUCGCUUCAAGCCCGGUGCUUUGGAUGAGCGGCCUGUGAUCUAUGGCAUUGUGGUGAUGGGUGUGCUGGCCACUUUUCUGUUGGCCUUCUUGUGGAAGUAUACACUGACCAUGGGGGACACCACACACAGUGUUGCUCUGCUGGUUCUUAGUUUCUUGCUUUCCGUGGUGGACUGCACAUCCUCGGUCACCUUCCUCCCCUUCAUGAUGCGCCUCCAACCCAAGUAUCUCACCACCUACUUUGUGGGUGAGGGUCUGAGUGGCCUGGUGCCGGCUAUAGUGGCUCUUAUCCAGGGUGUUGGAGUGGUCCACUGCAAGAAUGCCACCAAUCCUCAUGCUAAUGCUAAUGUUAGCAUGGGGAACUCCUCUUGGGGUUCUGCAGAAGGGGAACUGCAAGCUCACUAUCAACCAGCUAAUUUCUCAGCUCAGACGUUCUUCUUGUUCCUCAGUGCCAUGAUGGUUGUGUGUCUUGUUGCUUUUGUGCUGCUCAACCACUGCCCAGCUGUGGCAAGGGAACACAAAAGGGAGCUUUACAUCAGUAGAGGGCUGGCUGAGAAGAAAGGUGAGUUGGGCCUACCUCUACAGAACCCUGGCCCAGAGCAGAAGCCUAUGCUCAGCCCUCUGGAUGACCCUGUAAUGGAACCACGCAGCAGUUUUGGGAAGGGGACCUACAGUAAACCAGAGAUUGUGUUCAUAUUUGUGGUCCUGGCCUGGGUAAAUGCACUGACCAAUGCAGUUCUGCCUUCAGUCCAGUCAUAUUCCUGCUUGCCAUAUGGAAAUCAGGCCUAUCAUCUUGCAGCCACCUUGGCUGCUGUUGCCAACCCUAUGGCCUGUUUCAUUGCCAUGUUCAUACCAAACAGGUCUCUUGUGCUUAUGGCAGCUCUCACUGUGAUUGGCACUGGCUUUGGAGGUUACAUUAUGGCCAUGGCAACACUCAGUCCCUGCCCACUGUUGGUCCAUGAUGUCUCAGGAAUUGCACUUAUUGUUCUAACAUGGGUCCUGUUUGUCCUCACCCUAUCUUACGUGAAGGUGAUUAUUGGAAUCAUCCUGCGAGAUGAAGGACACAGUGCCCUCGUGUGGUGUGGAGCUGUAGUGCAGCUUGGCUCUAUGCUGGGUGCUAUGACAAUGUUUCCUCUUGUCAGUGUCUAUAGACUUUUUGAAUCAGGAGAUCCAUGUAACACUAAGUGCCCCAAGUAAUUAAUAGUGGCAUUCAGGUGAUUAAGUUACUGAAUGAGAUGUGUGUGCGUAAAAGGGUAUUAAUGGGCUCCUGUUUGGAGAGUCAAAGUUAGAUAUACUAUCUUAUCAAAAAUCACGGGACAGCUGUAGUUGCAAGUCAGCCAUUGUCUUCAAGUUAAGACAUUAUACAUCAAGGAUGGUCACUGCUUAUGGACUUAAUGGAUGACCAAGUGAAUCACUGAGGAUUGCCGUGGAUAACAUGGUUUUACGAUAAAGUUUUUAUGCUUCGCUCUCCAUUUAAAACACACCAUGAGUUUAACACUGAACGCUAGUUGUUUUUUUUUUCUUUGUGAACAUUUGUCACAUGUUUUUCUCAGGAUGGUCGAGGGAAACUUUACCAAACGUCAACUUGCGGUGCAUUGGGUCAAAAUGCUUCCCCCCACUGAUCAUUUUCUUUCAAUUCAUUCACCUGUUUCUAUCAUUUUCUCUGUGUUAAAAAAGAUCUCUUUACAAGUCAUUGAUUACCUGUAUUGGCCAAAGUAGUUUGCAGUAAUCAUAUCUUUUUUUGUUACCAACCAAAAAUAUGUCCCAAAACCUUUGGUACUGAAGUGAAUUUAGAUAUUCCUAUUAAGGAGACAGGGCUGGCUCCCUCUGACACUACUGUCACAAACAGCACAAUUGUUUCUGUUCCAAAGGUCAUAAAUAUGUAAUACUUGUAUUUAAGCCUUCAUCCUCAAAUGUAGUCCACAGGCAGGGUUAAAAGUUGACCAUGCCUGUCCACAUGUUACAAUAAUACCGUUACAGAAGGCCCGAAGUAUUAAUGCAUCCUGUGUUAAAGAAAUAUUGCCUUAAUUUAAUACUUUUUUUAAAGGGUUGCGAAAGAGCUUAGAGGGCAUUUACGUGUUUUAGAUGUUUGCUUUUUAGGUUCUCAAAGUAAUUGCUUGUUUUAU